AUGAAGUAUACAUCCAUGGAUAUCGUUAAGCAUAAUCAUAUACCGAAAAAUACUUUUAGUCGAUUACGAUCAAACUUAAAGUACAUUGAUAGUACACUUUCACUACAUUUUAUUAACCAUGUUGCUAAUCCAUUAGCACAUGAUAUUCUCCAACAAGCAUCUAAUCUAGCACAAUGGAAGAUAAACAUCGAGGAUUUGGAAAACAUACUAGCGAUCUCACCCAUGUACAAGAUCUACCGGAACGAAAAUGGGACAUACAUGUCAUUCCCAGAUAGGAAGGGACAAGAUCGAGUGGGUGAAUUUACCGAGUUGCUCAAUAAGUGGAUCGCAUCGCACCAACAUGGCAAUGCACUUGCACGGUUGAAUUUAUGUGAUGUUUGGAUACGAACUUCAUCGCCCAGGAAAAUCAGCAAAUCGUAUGCAUCAUACUCAAAUUCAACGUUAUCUCCAUCGCCCUCGCCAUCGCCUACAAAACUGAGACAUAAAUUUGCCGAUUUGAAAAAUCAUGCAUCAAAAUUCACAUUCAAGGAAAAAGACGCCCAAGAAGAAAGUAACAAACACCAGGGCAUGUCGCUACUAGAAAGAAUCAAAUUGAAAGAGAAAUUGAGCAAUUCCAAGGGCGUAAUGACCAAAGAAGAAAAACAUGAACGGUACCUUGCCGCGAGAAUGGAUCGAAUUUAUGACAUUAUUCACCAAUUGUACCUCGAUUCAGGAGUAGGAUCAAACGAGAGCAGUAGCAAGUCACUUUCGCUUUCGCUAACAAAAAUUGUCCAAGUCGUUCGAGAUAGUUGUGAUGAGAAUCAAAUGGAUAACGACGAUAUUUCGCGUGUUAUUCAUUUGAUAAGUGGCAAAUUGGACAAUUUUACAGUCAUUGAGAAAUCAGGUAUUUUGAUAUUGCGCGUAUCUCAUCUAAAUCGUCAUCAAGACUUACCCAAACUCAACUCAGGUGCAGAUUAA